AUGGAAAGUGAACUCACACGAGUGAUAAAGCUUAAAAGCAUCGAGAACUGGGGAAUAUGGAAAUUCCAAAUAAGAGUAAUUCUGAAUUCCCACGGCGCGCUAGAUGUCACACUGGGAACGGAUGUAAGACCGGCGGAUCCAGGAGAUACCACGAACGAGACCACACGUGCUGCAUAUACAAAGAACCUUGCGACAUGGAACAAAGCCGACGCAAUAGCACAAAAGGUAAUCGUGACAACCGUCGGAAAACAGCCGACGCUUCAUAUCAUAAACUGCACAACAGCUGCAGAAAUGUGGCAAAAAUUGACCUCAAUUUAUGAGCAGAAAUCAGAGGCAAGUAUACAUAUGCUACAACAAAAUUGGUACAAUGCUACGAAGAAGAGUUCAGAUGACAUUGCCACACACAUCGCCAAGCUGGAGGACAUUGCGCACAGACUAAAGUUAAUGGGUGAGACAAUCGCAGACUCCAUGAUAAUCACUAAAAUUCUUAUGGCAUUGCCCACAGGCUAUCGACAUUUUGUCAGUGCCUGGGAAUCAGCGCCAACGGGAGAACGCAUAUUAGAAAAUCUAAAGGCGAGACUCAUAACUGAGGAAUCCAGACACACUGUGCGAGAGGACAAAAAUGAUAACGUUCUCUCAUCCAAGGCCCAACGGAAAAUCAAAGCAUAG